AUGCCGCUGGUGGAAAGGAUACACCACAGUCAGGUUGGGCAGAACUUCACCUUUGUGCUUACGGACAUCGACAGCAAGCAGAGGUUUGGUUUUUGCCGUCUCACUCAAGGCUGCCGGGUCUGCAUAUGUCUGCUAAGUUAUUUACCAUGGUUUGAAAUCUACUACAAGCUGCUAAACACCCUGGCAGAUUACCUAAUGAAACAACAGGAAAAUGACUUGAAGGACAUGCUGAAUUCUCUCUUUGAUCUGCCUGUGCCAAAGCCCUUCACGCCAGUCAACCUGAGUGUGAAUGAGCAGUUGUAUAUUGCCACUGGGCAAGUACUGAGAGAUCGGCGAAGCAAGGAGCCGCACUCCUACUUCAUUGCCCCGGAUAUCAAUGGACUACCAACGAUCCCUGAGAGUAGGAACCUGACAGAGUAUUUUGUGGCUGUGGACGUCAACAACAUGCUCCAGCUCUACGCCAGUAUGCUGCACGAACGACGCAUCAUCAUUACCUCAAGCAAGCUUAGCACUGUGAGUCCACUCUCUCCAAGUCAUCCUCUCAGUUAG